AUGCAAAACGCAGGGUUUCAAUUUCUUUUCUUGAUCACAGUUUUCUUCUUUGCUUAUUCUUCCAGUCUCAAGAUUGGAGAAACAUGUUCUACGACAGACAACAACUGUGAUGCCGGAUUACACUGUGGAACUUGCCCUGCAAAUGGAAACACCCGACCCAGAUGUACUCGGAGUCAACCCGUAAUUCCCACUACUAAGGUAAAUGGUCUGCCGUUUAAUAAGUAUUCAUGGCUGACUACCCACAACUCGUUUGCUCGGACUGCGUCAACGUCCGGGACCGGGUCAACUCUCUUGGCACCGACCAAUCAAGAAGAUUCCGUUACCGAUCAACUCAAAAAUGGUGUUCGAGGGCUUAUGCUUGAUAUGUAUGACUUCGACGGGGACAUUUGGUUAUGUCACUCCUUUGGUGGAAGGUGCUUAAAUAUCACAGCUUUUCAACCUGCAAUUAACGUGCUGAAAGAAAUUCAAGUUUUUCUGGAACAAAAUCCCACAGAAAUUGUCACCAUUUUCAUUGAAGACUAUGUGACAUCUCCACAAGGCUUGACAAAGGUGUUUAAUGCAUCUGGACUCAGCAACUACUGGUUUCCACUGUCUAAAAUGCCUAAAAAUGGUGAAGAUUGGCCAACAAUCGAUGAUAUGGUCCGGAAUAAUCAACGCCUCAUAGUCUUCACCUCUAAAUCGUCUAAGGAGGCUUCCGAAGGGAUUGCUUAUGAAUGGCGAUAUGUAGUUGAAAAUCAGUAUGGCAAUGGUGGGAUGAUACCUGGUUCUUGUCCAAGUCGUUCAGAGUCAUCUCCCAUGAACACAUCAUCAAUUUCACUCGUUCUUCAGAAUUACUUUCCCGAAAAUCCCAAUGUAACAAGUGCUUGUGCAGACAAUUCUGCUCCUCUAACUAGUAUGAUGACAACUUGUUAUGAAGCAUCCGGAAAGCGCUGGCCGAAUUUCAUAGCAGUCGACUUUUAUCAGAGGAGUGAUGGAGGAGGAGCCCCAGAAGCUGUUGAUGAAGCAAAUGGACAUAUUACUUGUGGUUGCGACAGCAUUUCCUAUUGCAAGCAACCUGCAAUUAACGUGCUGAAAGAAAUUCAAGUUUUUCUGGAACAAAAUCCCACAGAAAUUGUCACCAUUUUCAUUGAAGACUAUGUGACAUCUCCACAAGGCUUGACAAAGGUGUUUAAUGCAUCUGGACUCAGCAACUACUGGUUUCCACUGUCUAAAAUGCCUAAAAAUGGUGAAGAUUGGCCAACAAUCGAUGAUAUGGUCCGGAAUAAUCAACGCCUCAUAGUCUUCACCUCUAAAUCGUCUAAGGAGGCUUCCGAAGGGAUUGCUUAUGAAUGGCGAUAUGUAGUUGAAAACCAGUAUGGCAAUGGUGGGAUGAUACCUGGUUCUUGUCCAAGUCGUUCAGAGUCAUCUCCCAUGAACACAUCAUCAAUUUCACUCGUUCUUCAGAAUUACUUUCCCGAAAAUCCCAAUGUAACAAGUGCUUGUGCAGACAAUUCUGCUCCUCUAACUAGUAUGAUGACAACUUGUUAUGAAGCAUCCGGAAAGCGCUGGCCGAAUUUCAUAGCAGUCGACUUUUAUCAGAGGAGUGAUGGAGGAGGAGCCCCAGAAGCUGUUGAUGAAGCAAAUGGACAUAUGACUUGUGGUUGCGACAGCAUUUCCUAUUGCAAGGCCAAUGCUACAUUCGGUAUAUGCGACAUCCCCGUGCUUUCACCUCCACCACCAUCUCAAUCGUCGCCGACAGGAACGCCACAACAGCCCAGCAACAAUUCUCCAAUAAGCAAAUCUCUGCAGCUUCAUUUGUUGAUAGGACAAAUAUUUGCCAUAUUUUUCCUGUUGUGUUCAUAA